UAAAAGAGAUAAUUGUUAUUGUUAGCUUGUUAGCUAGCAGGCGAACUGGUGAAUGGGGAUAUGACAGAGUAAUAACGUCUUAUUACAUGUCCGCGAUUAAGUUAUUACAAACGUAAAGUGGUAUGUACCAGUUUCUGCACAAUAUAUCGUUAUCACGGGGAUUCCGGUCGCGUCCGAAUGAGGGAAUAUAACUCUAAAGUGUUCUGAGAGGACGGAAUCGUAAUUUUAAAAUCGCAGCUAAAUCCUUGCUAACGUUAAGCCAAGCUAACAUGUUUGCAGAGCUAAGGUGAACUCUGUUAAUGUCGACUCCCUAGAAUGCAGAGAGCUCAUUACCCGGACACGGGCAUGAGGAUGCGUAUGCACGCACGUCCCUGUGUCUCACGUUCUGCGUUACUCUAUCAGAUUAAACAUGAAUGACGAGACAAAUCAACGGUAGUAUUAGAUCAUGUUUGUUGGAUGUCUGGGCUUGUAAAAUACCACGGACAACAUUGUGAAAACUGCCGAUGGAGGACGCAAACAGGACUGAUGCUGCCUCCACAUCCAAGAGCCACGCAGCCUCACUUCACCUGCAGACUCCCAAAAACGAGGAUGCCUAUGAAAUUUCCAUCCCCUAUGAAGAGAGCAACUUUGAGCAGCCAGGGUUUUUCAAUCAGAGUGAUCAGAAUUUUGAAGAGUCGCCCCCAUCUGCUGGCGCAUCUCAAGUGAACAACUCAUACAUGGUGAUCACCAACUUGAGAACUCAGCUGCAGAUCUCUCUGGAGAAAAACUCUUGGCUGCAGAAAAGAAUUGAGGACUUAGAGGAGGAGAGGGACUUCCUCCGUUGCCAGCUGGACCGCUUCAUCUUUUCCACAAAGAGCCAGGGACAGGAGCAAAGUCCGAGCCAGUACAGUAACGGUUUUGAAUCUAGACGAUUCAACUGGAGGGCAAGAAGAGAAGAAGAUCGUCCCGUUGAGCAACAGAAGUCUGAGUCUCAGCAUUUCCCCUCACGGCAGUUUAUCCAACGAAGGCCUGGUCCUCCCACAAUGGUGCCUUCCAAGAACCAUGCCUCCAACCCGCUAAGCAAUCAGCUUGCCUCGAUAAAUGCUUUGUUCAGCUCGACACAAUCCCAGGCCCUCUUGCAAGGCCAUAGCCAUAGUUCUCCCAAUACUUCAGCCAGUGGCAGCAGUGGCAACGGCAAUAGUGCUGCGAGGUCAUCCAUGAAUGAAAUGAGUGGGCAUAGCAACAUAGGUCCAGAUUCACUUUCACUCUUGGGAGAGUCUGAUGAGUACUUGGAGCAGGACGGCUACCUCGAGGAAGAGGAAAUGAUAUCGGGGGAAGAUUUAAUGCAAGGUACUAUUAACGGCAACAGACACCAAUUCAAGAGGAGACGGAUCUUCCGAGCCCCUAGAGAGCGGCAAAGAGUGAAAGACGCUGCUGGAGUGCUGUUUCGCUACAAGAAGAUCCUGCUCACAUACCAGCGUCUGAAAAACAUGUCAAAAGCCUUCCAAAUCCACGGUGUGGACCGCAACACGGUGGCUUCCACAACACCCAUUGCUGAGCUGCUACUCGUCGCCCCGGAGAAAGUGGCAGAGGUGGGCGAGUUUGACCCGUCCAAGGAGAAGCUGCUGGACUACGCCCGGCGCUGCUACGCGGCCCUGGAUGAGGAGACACUUAGCAGGGUGCAGGCCCUGAAAAAGAAUAACCUGCUCCUGCCCAUCUCCUACAGGUUUAGACACUGAGGAGAGAAGAACAAACAGGAUAUCUUUAUGGAUAUCGAUGAAUAGUGGUUUCGUUUGGACACAAGAGGCAGUUUGGUUCUGAUCCUGCAUGCCAGCUCACUUCUGCACACACACUUCCAGAGGCAUUAGAUCCUGGAUGCGGCCAUGUGAACUUUGGCUGAGAUCCUUUGCCUUCCAAAACAAAUAACACGUUUCACUUUUAUUAUCAAUAUGAUGUCAGUUUCUUUGCUGAAUCCUUGCCAUUAUUCCAGCUUUAUAUAAUAUAUAUAUAUAUAUAUAUAUAUAUAUAUAUAUAUAUAUAUAUAUAUAAAGGACAGUGGCAGCUGCAUUCAGAAAGAGUAAAAACAUGGUUGUCAUUGCUCAUAGAGCAGAGAUUUCACGUCUGUGUGGUUCAGAAUGUGUCGUUAAUGUUUGGAGUGUUUUUCUUCAGCAAUUACAUGAGUGUCACCCAUUUGGCUCAUUCGUGUUUUUUGCUUCAGAGAUGGCAGAGACACACGCACCUUUCUUUCCUGAACAUCUGGAUCUGCUUGUGGCGAGUGGUCCAUUAAGUGAUAAUCUGUUAUUUCAGUUACCGGCUGUCUAGGUGAUUAACAUGCAUCGCAAUUUUCUAUCACAUCAUUAGUGUUCCCUAAAAUCCUACAAAUACAGUUACUUUCUCUCACAAUGUCGGUGUAUGCAAAGAUGAUACUGCAGUCCAUAUGUUUUGUUGUGUCUUUGUUGUAUUCUUUUUUACAUUUGUGUCAUUUUAUCUUCAAACACUUUCACUUAAUCACAUCUUUGGGGAUUUCCCUGCGCUAUACAGUUUUCACAGUACAUUCCCUACUCCAACCCCCACUACAUCAGAAUCACUCUCUUUUAAAAUCCGACAGAUCACUGUUCACAAAUACAAAUACCGCUGCAUUGUUGUGCCGAGCUUCUUUUUUUUAAUACAUAGUAAAAUACACAGAUUGUCUUCUAAUGCUUCUGGUAUUGAGACUGUUGCGAUAAUGCUUUUGUGACAAAAAUACUUUUUGUAAGGCGAUGCAGCUUUUACUGAACUAGCUAAUUGUAACUCAAUGUGACUUCUAGUUCUGUGAGGAAAUCUUUGGGCAUUACAAGACAAACAAUUUUACAAUGUCAUUCCCAGAAUCAGCAAAAGCAAUUAGCUUUCCAGUACUUCACAAAAAAAUUCCAGUGAAAAGUGCUCCUUGAUGGUCUGUAGUUUGUAGCGGUUGUGUCAAAAUUCAGACUUUCAGACAUGUUUAUUAUAUUGUAUACUAAUGCGUGGUGUUUAUAUUGGUGCAGUGAAAUUAUGAUAUCUUAUAUCGUAAAACAGAUUUGGUAACAGUGGAAUACAGUGAUUCUUAGUUACGGUAAAUAUAACUUUAGUAAACAGACCGAAGUGAUGCCAUUUUCACUACAAAACAGUUCAUCUUUGCGGACUUUGCAAAAUGUGUUAAUAAAAAAUAAUGGUUUAUUUGUCAUAUUUGUAUGUUGUAUAUUUAUGUAUGUUGACUGAAAUUUGUAUCUCACUGAAACAAUGCUCAUUCACCAAAAUGUAUAGUUUUACACACUUUUCAUUAAGGCAUUUAAUUCCUUGCAAAAAUGUUGAUUAAUUAAUCUAUAAAAUCCAACAUUACCACGUACUGGAAUAUGCUUGUGAUUGGGGAGUAAAGUGAUUCCACCUU